AUGGGCUCAUGCGUAUUAUUACCAUUAGCGUUUAAUAUCAAUGCGAAGGGCGGUGUAGCGGUCGCUGACGGUUUCUUUACCCGCCUGAUAACGGAAAUUACUCAAAGAGGUUACAUCGACGUCUUCAACCUUUGGACUGGAUUAUUAUGUCGACUUUCCGUUCCAUCCUCGCGAUCGUUGCCAUGCAUAUUACGGCGGAAUACCUUCACGCCCACGUCUGAGCUCCAGUCUUCAGAGAGUUCAGAGAAUCCCACGUAUAAUCUCAAAUAUGCGAAAAGAUCUCAGAUGGUGAUGGUCUUGUAUGUAGGUCUUCUCUUUCCUUCAAGUCAGUCGUUGUCGACGAGCAGUUCAAACGAUACCCCAAGCCUUGCAGGAUAUGAAACAGUGACAAAUGGAUGGAUUCUAUUGUGGAUGCCGUUGCAGGGCGAAGAGGAGAAGCUUCAUUGA